CCACAAAAGAAGAAGCUACUAUCUCGUCCUCUACAGUUUCUGUCUUGAAGCGGUCAACAAUGGUAACGUUACAACUAGUGGGGUCUCUCCGAAAAGAGCUCGCUGACUCCUUAUCCGCUUGCCGGGUGCUGGUGGUCGGAGCUGGAGGAAUUGGCUGUGAGCUCUUGAAAAAUGUUGUUCUCACCGGUUUCAAAAAUAUAGAAGUGAUUGAUCUGGACAUUAUUGAUGUGAGCAACCUGAACAGACAGUUCCUGUUCCAGAAGAAACAUGUGGGAAAGUCCAAGGCUCAGGUGGCCAAAGAGAGUGUGCUGCAAUUCUGUCCUACUGCCAAUAUCACGGCCUACCAUGACAGCAUCAUGAAUCCAGAUUACAAUGUGGAAUUCUUCAGGAACUUCAUGCUUGUAAUGAAUGCCUUGGACAAUCGAGCGGCUCGUAACCAUGUGAACCGGAUGUGUCUUGCAGCUGACAUUCCCCUUAUUGAGAGUGGCACAGCUGGCUACCUUGGGCAGGUGACUGUUAUUAAGAAGGGUCUUACUGAGUGCUAUGAGUGCCAGCCUAAACCCACACAGAAAACAUUCCCUGGCUGCACCAUUCGCAACACCCCAUCUGAGCCCAUACAUUGCAUUGUGUGGGCCAAGUACCUUUUCAACCAGCUUUUUGGAGAAGAAGAUGCAGAUCAAGAGGUGUCCCCUGACACAGCUGACCCAGAGCUUUCAUGGAACCCUGCAGACACUGAAGCCCGAGCCACAGCAUCUGACAAGGAUGGAGACAUCAAACGUGUUUCCACUAGGGACUGGGCACGUUCCACUGGCUACGACCCAGUCAAACUCUUCAACAAGCUUUUUAAAGAUGACAUCUACUACCUCCUGACCAUGGACAAGCUGUGGAAGAAGAGGAAAGCCCCACUGCCUCUGGAUUGGCCUGAGCAUCAGAAACUUACGUGUCCCCAGGGGGUGACUGGGACAGGAUUGAAGGACCAGCAGGUGUUGGGUGUGGCAGGCUACUGCCAGCUCUUCUCCCGCAGCGUGGAAACCCUGCACUCCAUGCUGGCUGACAAAGGGGAUGGAGCAGAGCUUGUGUGGGACAAGGACGACCCUCCAGCGAUGGACUUUGUGACAGCAGCUGCCAACCUGCGCAUGUAUAUUUUCAGCAUGAAUAUGAAGAGCCGUUUUGACAUCAAGUCCAUGGCAGGGAACAUCAUCCCAGCGAUUGCCACGACCAAUGCAGUCAUUGCUGGCCUCAUAGUGCUGGAGGCACUGAAGAUUCUUUCAGGAGAUGUGGAGCAGUGUCGCACGAUCUUCCUAAACAAGCAUCCCAACCCCAGGAAAAAGUUGCUGGUUCCGUGUGCUUUGGAUCCACCCAGUGCCAACUGUUAUGUGUGCGCCAGCAAGCCAGAAGUCACAGUCAAACUGAAUGUGCACAAAACUCUUGUGCUGGCCCUACAAGACAAGAUAUUAAAGGAGAAGUUUGGGAUGGUGGCGCCAGAUGUGCAGAUCGAGGAUGGGAAAGGGACAAUCCUUAUCUCCUCUGAGGAGGGUGAAACAGAAGCAAACAACUGCAAGUUCCUGUCUGACUUUGCGAUUCGAAAUGGCAGCCGUCUGCAAGUGGAUGACUUUCUGCAGGAUUACACACUCCUGGUUAAUGUGAUUCACUGUGAAAACUUGGAGAAGGAUGUGGAAUUUGAGGUGGUGGGUGAUGCACCUGACAAGGCCCCAACCAGGUCACAAGAAGAGGGAAAGAACAUUGCCAAUGGCAACAAAGUAUCUUCAGAACCGUCCACCUCUUCCGAAGCUCCUGCUGAACAGAAUGACAUUCUGCUAGUUGAUUCAGACGAGGAGGCGCCAUCCUCCAGCACUAUUGCUGUCAGCAUGGAGUCAGGAGGCCACAAGAGGAAGCUCCAUGAUGCUGAGACAGGCGAGGCCUCAGCUAAGCGCCAACACCUGAGUCAACCCUCAGCUGAUGAUGAUAAUGACAUCAUUGCGCUGGACUAGCAUGUCUCAACACCCCCCCCCCCCGUUAGAGGGAGGAAACUAUUUUCAUGCGCCAUUCCUCUUACCAAACAUUUGUAAAUAAUAAUGUACAAAACUUACAUUUUCUGGUUAUUUGGAGUCAACAGUACUGUUUACAGUGGAAAUUUUGAUACAUUGCAUCUAUUUGUGAUAAAUUAUUUACGUUUAAAAAAAAAAUGUAUUUGUUUUGUCACAAGUCGGGUGUGUAUUUUUUGGGGAGAUUGAAAGAAACAUUUUAAAAGGUGCUACAGCUAGAAUUUCUCCUCUAUGUGGAAGCAGGUGAAUUGCAACUGCAAUAGGCAUUCAAAGCAAAUCUCCCCCUCCCAUUCAUCCCAUUUCCCUGUAGAAUUAGUAAUGUGCUAGGCUAGUUGAGGUAGGCUAGUUGAGGACAAGUUCUCAUUUACAACUGCAACCUGGCCAAGAUAAAGCAAAGCAGUUUGACACAACAGUUACACAUGGAAUCAACAAACAUACAAGUCUAUACACAGUGUGUGCAAAUAAGGGAGGUAAGGCAAUAAAUGGGCCAUGGUGGCGAAGUACUUACAAUAUAGCAAUUAAACACUGGAGUGAUAGAUGUGCAAGUAGAGAUACUGGGGUACAAAGGAGCAAGAUAAAUAAAUACAGUUUGGGGAUGAGGUAGUUGGCUGGGCUAUUUACAGGUGCAGUGAUCUGUGAGCUCGUGGGGGAGAUAAGAGUCUUCAACUUCAUUUCCCCCCCCCCCUUUUUUCCUUCAGUUAUAUUAAAAUAUAUAUAUAUUUUUGCAUGGUACAAUGCUUCCCAACACUUCUGUUUUCUCACAAACUGAAAUUGAGCGAACCAUGUAGAAUUUUUGCAACUAGGAAAAGUGAUUUCUAACAUUGGCCAAUUGACCCAUCCUAGAUAACACAGCCACAAAGUCAAAUUAGCUUACCCAUUCUGACAACCGAUACUGCUCUGGUAGGAGAAAUCAAUAGGUGAAUAUCACUGCCAAUCACAACACUGGCAAGUAAUACUGUGAACCACUAUUACUGCAGAUACAGUUAGUCGGAAGUUUACAUACACUUAGGUUGGAGUCAUUAACUUGUUUUUCACCCACUCCACAAAUUUGUUAUUAAUAAAAUGUAGUUUUGG